GAGUGCAUGGCGGCCGUGGGGGGCAUCAGGGAUGUGCACUUUGUCUAUGCCUGCACCAAGCGGCAGCCGGCCGAAAGCGGCGCAGCAGACGGCGCCGGCGCCGGCGGCGAGGGCGGGGCCGGGCGCGGGGGCGGGGGCAGUGACGGCGCGGGCGGCGCAGACGGCGGGGAGGGGGAGGAGGGAGGCGACAGCACUGGGAGCGAAGGCGAGGCCGUCGUGGCUGGCGCGUGA